AUGGCUCAAACUGAGGCGGAGUUGGCACAGAUCUGCUCGUGGCUGACGGACCAGGGCCUGAGUCCUGCAGCAGGUGCAGACCAACAGCUGUGUUGUUUGUGGAGGGCUCUGCUGCGCGCUCAGGGAAACCUCCGCAGCAUCAACAAGACCUUAGACUCACAACAAUCACAAUACACUGCAGAGAUUUGCAAGGUGCGCAAGUCUUUGGAGCAAAUCCGAGUCUUCACUGGACACAAAGACGUUUUGGCUCAAGAGGUUCAAGAAGAAAAUGACCAGCUCAGAGACCAGCUGCAGCGCCUGGUUUCCCUGCAGGAUUUGCAGAUCAGUGAAGUGGCAAAGAUGCUGUACGACCAGGGCCUGACAGAGUUGGUCCACAGUAGCCCUAGUGAACAAGUGGCAUAUCUUCUGGUGGAAAGGGCCUCUCUGCUGGAGACCUCAGAGGGACCGCAAACAUGCUCUGCCUCCGUGGGACAGACUACCCACAAGAGGGCGUUGCGGCACAGUCAAAGCCCGUGGAAAAAACUAUUGGGACUCAACAAAAGUCAAAAAUGUCUGAUUCCUCCUGAGUCUAAACAUUUGGCAGAGCAGACAAACAGUGUUCAAAAAGAGUGUUUUCGACUGGAACGUGACCUGGAGGAGGGUUCUAGGCGUCUGGCCACGGCGCACAACGAGAUCCGCCGCUUGACAGAUGAGCUGGAGUCUGCACAUCAUAUUCAGAAAACUUACGAGCCUGAGUUAAAAGCAGCCAAGCGUGAAGUCAACAGCCUCAGACAGGAAGUCCAGCAGCUCAAAAAAUAUGAGAUGAUGAGUCUGAGAAAAGCCAAAGAGCUGAAUGAUGCCUUGGACCAUGAGCUCCAGUGUUUGCGGAGCCGAGUGCGGACCAUGGAGGCGGAGAGGGGCCCCCGAGAGCAUGAGACAACGUUUCUCAGUGUGCAGAUUCAGACCGAACCAACCGCGGAGACCCAAGAGGUCAAUGUCCUUCGGCCACAGGUGGAACAGUUGCGGUCUGUCGUGCAGCAGCAGCGAAUCAAAGCGGAGAAGGCCAGGGAAUUGGAAAAAAUUCUAGGAGUUGAAGCAAAACAAGUCAAUGAACGAUGUCAAAAUUUACAAGUGCAGAUUGACGCUCAGAUAAAACGUCUAUUGGAACAAGAGUCAGAGAUUGAGGAUCUGAAGAUGCAGUUGGAACGAAAGGAAAACGAGCAUCGUGAACAAUUGCCGCUGGAUGUCUCAAAAACCUGUUAUCAGCUGUUGCAGUCGUCUGAAAACUAUUUUAACCAUGUACUACAAAAAGACGAUGGAGAUUUUGUGAAUGUGUGUACAUCCCUAAAGAAGCAGAUUUGUGAAAGUCUGAAGUGUUUCGACCAAGAACGAAGGACAAACCACAAGAUGCAACAGAAACUCAAACUCAAACUGUCUGAGGUUAAAGUGAGACUGAAAGACGAGAUGAAGUGGAGAGACGAGAAGACAGAGGAACUGGAGCGAGAGCUGUCCCUCUGCUCCCAUGCUCUGACCAUGGAGAAGGAACUCAAUAUGAACGUAAUGCAGGAAAAUGACAAACUCCUGAUGGAGAGAAGGCGACUUCUGCAGCAGCUGAAUGAAGAAGUGAUCAACAGCCACAAAAACAUCAUCACCGCGCUUCAGUCCAGGGUUGAUUCUCUGGAGUUGGAGAACAGAGAACUAAAAAACAGAAUUGUAGACUUGUCCACACAGACCUCGUCAAUGGAGCGAUCUCUAAGAAACGUCCAGUCUCUGAGAGCGGCUGAGGAGCUGAGGAAUACAUGUGACCUUCAGAAGACGCUAACUCAACUCCCUCCGCAGACGUGCAGUUUUCUGUUUGCGGACGGGGCCUGUCGAAGCCUCAGUUCUCUGGAGGGGGUCGAGUCGUGGUCGCAGUGCUCCAGUUUGGCUCGAUCUGGGGAGAUGAUGGGAUACCUCAACCUGAACUCUCACAACCACUCUCUGCUCAGCACCACAGACUCUUCUCAAAUGAUGUAA